CGUUGAGAAUUCAUUUGUUUCUUUCUGUCUCAAACUCAUUUUCUUCAACAUUCUCUGUCUCUGCAAUCAAAGUUGACCUUUUGUAAAAAUAAAGGAUGAACUCGUCAUCUUCGUUAUCAUCAACAGAUUCAAAUGGGGAACAGAUCCAGCAUAUAGUUGUGAUGAGACACGGUGAUCGAAUAGACAAUGUAGAGCCAUUAUGGAUAUCAACUGCAAAAAGGCCAUUUGAUCCACCACUAGCAGAGCCAGGAAAGGUUAGAGCUUUUUGUACCGGAAGGAAGCUCAGGAAUAAUUUGGAUUUUCCAAUUCAUAGGGUCUUUGUAUCGCCAUUUCUUCGGUGUAUUCAAACUGCGUCCGAGGUUAUUUCUGGUUUUUGUGCCAUAAACGAUGAUCCAUUGGAAAUGACUUCUGAUAACGUUGAAAUUGAUCCAUCUAAGGUCAAGGUCUCUAUUGAGUUUGGUUUGUGUGAGAUCCUAAACAGGGAAGCCAUAGGAAUUGACAAGGCUCCUGAUAAUGGAAAUUGGGGUUUCAAUGUGUCAGAACUUGAGUCUCUGUUACCAGCUGGGACAGUGGAUAACUCGGUGGUUCGUGUGUAUAAAGAGAUGCCACGAUGGGAGGAGUCAAUCACUGAGGCCCGCACUAGAUACUUACAAGUUGUUCGAGCACUUGCAGACAAAUUUCCUUCGGAGAACUUGUUGUUUGUCACACAUGGUGAAGCAAUUGGAGCUGUAAUUUCUUCGAUCAUGAAAGACACAACAGUGUACGGAGUAGAAUACUGUGCAUAUACGAAGCCGAAAAGGAAAGUAUCUUUCAAAUCUGAUGGGACAUUUGCUGCUGGAGACUUUGAGAUAGUUGCACUGCUCGACCAGUUUGGUGUCAGCUUCUGCCUCACAAGUCAGUUGAGUUUAUGAUCAAAUCUAAGCUGAAUAUGUAUACAUAUGUCAACAGUAACUCAUUGGCCUACCCUACUUUCCCAUAUUUAGCAAAAGCCAAAGGGAAUUUAAGCUAAUUCAAGUUGUCAACUAGUCCCCAAUGUUCCCUUAUUUUCUCUGCAAGUAAAUGAUUCUAUUGUGCUGUGUGGAAGCUAUGGUUUGAAGCUCUUAGUUCAAUUUGUUUGUACUUUGUUACCCUCUUCUUAUGUGAUUACUUUGUCAAUAUAAGAUACAGAAAGUUCCUUCGUC